AGCGGCAACGAGCCAAUCAUUAUCAAUCGACGUGCUUUCAAGUAUCCACUAGCUAACCUUAACUUUCAGAAGGAACUGAAAGGAUUGUUCAGAAUUUUCUCGAGGCAGAGUUGAAGAGUUGAAGAGUUAUGUGGGAAUCCAUCUGUCUAACCUUAGCGGCUACAGCUGGUAAUAACAUCGGCAAAGUGUUACAGAAGAAAGGAACUGUCAUCCUUCCUCCCCUCUCUCUCAAGUUUAAGGUGGUAAGGGCAUAUGCAUUCAACAAGGCUUGGAUUAUUGGUUUUGUUAUGGAUAUAUUUGGAGCUCUGUUGAUGUUGAAAGCAUUAUCUCAGUCUCCUGUAUCAAUAAUACAACCGGUGUCUGGCUGUGGUCUUGCUAUACUUUCUAUCUUCUCCCAUUUUUAUCUGAAGGAGGUCAUGAAUGUUUUUGACUGGGUGGGGAUUGCUUUUGCAGGUGUUGGCACAAUAGGAGUGGGUGUUGGUGGGGAGGAGCAAAAGGCUUCAGCCAUAUCUAUCUUUCAUCUACCUUUGCUGGUUUUCAUUGUUGUCAUCUUGUUUGUCCUUCUUAAUGGAUGGCUUCAUGUCUACAAACGUCAACGAAGAGAACAGGAGUUGAUGCAUUCUGAAGUUGUUGAGGAAAUUAUUUUUGGGAUGGAAUCAGGCAUCUUAUUUGGGAUGGCUUCUGUAAUAUCGAAGAUGGGAUUUGUAUUUUUAGAGCAAGGUUUCUCCAAGAUGUUGGUUCCUUUGUGCCUUUCUAUCAGUAUAUGCUGUAGCGGUACAGGAUUUGUUUUCCAGACUCGGGGUUUAAAACAUGGGAGAGCGAUUGUUGUGUCUACAUGUGCUGCUGUGGCAUCAAUUGUGACUGGUGUACUUGCUGGUAUGCUUGCCCUGGGUGAACAAUUGCCUUCUGCACCAGCAGCUCGUCGUUCACUCUUACUUGGAUGGGUACUUAUCAUUGUUGGUGUUAUUCUUCUUGUGAGCUCAACACGGCUGGUGCGACGUCUUCCGCAAUCAUUGCGACGUUUUACACGGGGCAAUAUUGAGAGGAGUUAUAGCCUUAGGCAAUCAGGAUCAGUCCGUGUCAGGGAUUCUAGUCCAAGUGCUGUUAUUCAGGCAGCCACAUUGCCUAAUUUACACACUUCUUUGAAAGGGAAGGCCUAAAAUGGAGGUGAUAAAAUCAAAAUCAUCCUGGUUCUCUAUGUUUGGCAGUUCUUAAGUGAGCAGAUUAACUAUUUUGUGUGAAUGAAAAUCCACUUUAGUAGGUUUAUUUGAAGGCAUGGAACUUUUAAAAUCAUUCCUUCAAUUUUAACCGUAUAUUACCCUUUGCUGCAAUUCAAUACCAUUGCUUCUUAUAAGUUUCA